CCAGUUCAUAACCAGGAGGGAUGGGAGGCCUUGAUUUCUAUCUGCUCCAGCUGUGAGCAGCACAGCUCUUAUUUAAAGGAGGUGUGAGGAGUCCCAUGCAUUGAAUUAGUUUGUCAGAAUGAAGAAGGAUCUGGUAUUGGGAGGGUUGGUGCUGUUCAGCCUUUGGCUGAUCUCAGGAAUCCAGGCUGUAAAACGAUUUCAGGAUGUUAUGUUUCAUGGAAAGCAGUCGAAUGCCCAAGGACAUCAUAGCCAGAUUCGUGGAUGGUCUCCUGACAGGACCACCUGGGAUGAGCAGCUUUAUCCUGCCUGGAAAGCUGGAGAUGCCAGAUGGGAAAACUGCUGGAGAGGUGGCAAGGUGGAGGCUCUCUUGACCAGUGACAGCCCAGCGCUGAUAGGGUCAAACAUUACCUUUGCUGUGACUCUGCGGUUUCCCAGAUGCCAAAAAGAGAAUGAUGAUGGUGACAUAGUAUAUGAUAGAAAAUGUCGCAAUGACUCUUCUAGCUACCAAGAUCAGUAUGUUUACAACUGGACCAAAUGGGUAGAUGACUGCAAUGAAGGAAAUUGCACCUUUCUCAAUAAGUUUCCAGAUGGCCGUCCUUUCCCUCAUCACCCUGACUGGAGGAGGAGGAACUUUGUAUAUGUCUUCCAGACCCUGGAUCAGUCCUAUGCACUGACUGGGAGAUCCUCUGCAGUCCUAUCCAUCAAUACAACAAACCUCACCGCUGGCACACAGAUGAUGGAAGUGUCUGUGUAUAGAAGGGAUUGGAGACGGCAUUAUCCAGUUGCUAAAGCAAGUGCAAUGUACAUUGUGACAGAACAAAUCCCUCUCUACGUGAACAUUUCCCAGAAGAAUGAUCGCAAUUCCUCAGACAAGAUCUUUAUUAAGGAUUCUCCCAUAACAUUUGAUGUCAAGCUUCAUGAUCCAAGUCACUACCUUGCCAAAUCAGCUGUGUCCUUCAACUGGACAUUUGGGGAUGGAAGUGGGUCCUUUGUUUCCAAUAAUCCCUUUUCUAGUCACACCUAUACUCUGUUGGGAAACUUCAGCCUUAAUCUGACUGUGAAAGCUGCCAUUCCUGGACCCUGCAAGCCAGUUACAACCACUCCUUUCAUUCCAACAACCUACCUUUCUACUACCACAGCUCCAGUGACCAGCAAUACCACAGGCAACUCUACAGACCUUCCCUUCACUGAGACUGCAUUUGUGACAACUGAAGGUUCCAACAUUACUACUGCUCCUACUACUGAAACUACUACACACAUACAAACCACUCCAGCUGCUGGCUGUUUCAUUGAUCGUUAUGGCUAUUACAAAACAAACAUUAGAAUUGUGGAUGGUAUCUUGGAGGUGAAUAUUGUAGAAAUGACAAAUGUGUCUCCAUCUGAAGCUCAAAAGUCUUCUAUAGACUUUGUAGUGGCUUGCCAAGGAAGUAUACCCACUGAUGCCUGCACCAUAAUCUCAGACUCCACGUGCACAAUUCCACAAAACGAAGUCUGUGAUGAGGUAGUGACUACUGAUGAAUGUUUGGUGACUCUAAGAAGAGCCUUUACAGGACCAGGAACCUAUUGUGUGAAUAUUACACUGGGUGAUGAUGCAAGCCUGGCUCUUGCAAGUACCCUUGUUUCUGUGAGUGAAGGAGACGGCACACCUGUGCCAGUAAAAGAGAUCCUUAUUUACCUGGGCUUGGUGGCUGUUAUUGUUCUAGCUGUUGGUGUCCUCUUGUCCAAGAAAUGUAAAGGCUACAAAUGCAUUGAUACAGCUUACCAUGACAUUACCAAUGAAGGAUUAACUGUGUCUUACAAUCAAAUAAAAUUGAGUCUUUUAAAAAAUGACGAGCACCACCCCCUUCUGAAGAACAAGGCUGAUAUCAUAUAAUCGGUAGAAUGAUGAUGGUCUGUAUAUGGCGCUCUUAAAUAAAUUUCUUUAAU